GCGAGAGAAUGCUAGAAUGGGUAUGUCACCUCACGGAGUCCUUGAUCAGACUCAAAGUAUGUGGCUCACGUGCCUAACACGGCUAGACAUGCAACAUCACAUAUGCCUCAUAACCCUCGGUGGCCGGCUUGGACUUGCACCUCCAUGCCAACCCGGCGUCAAGGUUGAUAAGGUGUUGGAUGUUGGUACAGGCACAGGAAUCUGGGCAAUUCAAUUCGGCGAUGAUCACCCUGAAGCCGAGGUACUCGGCGUUGGUCUAUCUGCUACGCAGCCAGACGUCGUAGCUGCGAAUGUCCAAUUUGAAAUUGACGACAUUGACGAGGAGUGGACGUAUACCAUCCCGUUCGACGACAUCCACAGUCGCUUCACGUCGUCAAGCAUCGCAGACUGGAAGGUAUACCUCACCAAGUGUUUCAAUCAUAUCCAACCUGGCGGUUUUCUAGAGUUGCAGGAGCCAGAGAUGGAAUUCCAGUCCGACGACGGCACGUUUCCUGCAAGUUGCCCAUUGGCCAAGUACGGCAACCUCCUCAAGGAAGCAGCCGCCAUCUUUGGGCUUGAAUACGUCUCGGUAUCCUCCUCGAAGACACUGAUGCUCGAGGUGGGCUUCAAGGACGUGACGCUGAGCCGGUACAAGUGGCCCAUCAACACCUGGCCCAAGGACCCUUCGUUCAAGGAACUAGGCGACUGGGGCUUCGAGAAUAGCAAUGCUGGUCUUGAGGUUAUUUUCAUUGCACUUCUGACGCGCGCUCACAAAUGGACUAGGGAGGAGGUGGAUGUCUUUUUGGCUGAUGUCCGGAAGGACCUGGCUAACAGAACUACCACACCUACGUUCCGAUGUAUUUUGUUAUUGGACGGAAGCCAGAAGGAAAUGGAGAGUAGGGGACUACACUGAGAUUUUGAGGACUAUGCCAUCACCUUAAGACGGGGAGGGUUUAGGAAACGUGAAUGGUAAUAAGCCAUCGUAAAGCCCAACUUCUGUUCCCAUCUAGAGACUCAAUCUCUUCUUUUAAACAAAACAAAUAGAACCAUGCCGCCAAACGAUGGCG